AUGGGCAAAAUGGAGAGUCCCCGCUCUUCUUCGGAUUGCGACAGUACGAACGUGUGGCAGGAUUUGCCUGAGGGCUCCUACGAGAGGGUCGUUGCCCUCACGAGAGCGUAUUGGCAGCGAUUGGCGGAGGUGGACCACAAAACGAGCGCCUUGCAUAUUUUUGGCGGAGAAGAAGAAGUUGUCGGCUCUCUGCUGAAUGAAGAGGUUAUGCGGCGGUGCAGCCUUGAAAAGGAGGAGCAAGCUGCAGUGAGCACCAUCAUGAAGCGCUGGACACACCGAUCCAUGGCAUUUGCCGCGGAGUUGCACACUCUCAAGGUGACCGAAGUGAGGAUGGCUCAAGUGGCCAAGCAGGGCGUUCUCCUUGAGAAGCAACUUUAUCGUGAACAAUUCCUGGAUUUCUGGCGGAAGCAAAAGAGGGAAAGGCUGCAAAGGCGUCCCGUUCACGUUGGCAAGGUUCUUAUGGAUGCAUACAAGCACAAUGUGCUUCCCUUUGCGACCGAUCCGGUUGAGUGCUGGGAAAGAGGUGUCGUUGUCCCCCCUGAGCUUCAGCAAAGUGUGGUGCUCUCUGAUAGUAAAGGGAGCGUUUCGCUGCCUGCCUUUCAUGAGUUAUCCAUGAGGCUCCGAACAGCUUACCACCAGUAUCGAGUUCAAUAA